CUUCAUAUAAAAGCCGUUCCAACUACAAGUGGAACUUAGCGACGCUUCAGAUGGCGCCAACUAGAAAAAUGCCAAAAUUGGGGAAAGCCACACGGUAGAAUUUCAUAGUAAGUAAAGCAAAUUACUAGUAGUGGGCAACUUGCUAGCGUUUCUUUCCACUGCCGAGACGGUUACGAUUAGGAUUAACGUCGUUUGUUUUCUGUUAGACCGCGGUGUCUACAAUGUGGCCCAGUGUUUUUGUGCUGCUAAUGUUGGGUAUUGGAUACCGGACUUCUGUAUCAUUGUUGACUAAACAAAACGUCUGCACGACACUAUAGAAUAGGCUCUAUUCAUACGAACGGCGUGAUUGGCGACCAACAAACGUAUCACUAACGAUCACAUAUUUGCCGGGUAACGUAUCCCCAAGCAGAUGUAGACUGGCUCAGUCUCAAUGUUUUUGUAGCAUUUAAGGCGUCUCAUUCAAUACUUCUGCGCUGUGCAUGUCUUUUACCUUUUGCGUUCUCCCUUGAGAAGAGGAAGGCAUAAAAAGUGCAUUAAAGUGCUAUAAGACAAGCAAGGAGUUUUCAAAAUACAUGUACACGGAUCCUACGUCUGCUUGUGUGAAUUACAUGUUUGUCAGGAAACCAAUCGCACAUAACGUACUAGGUACGUACCACAUGGUGCUGAUUUAUCUAAAAAGUCCUUUUUCAGCGGAAACGCGACUGGCCGUCUCGUGUGGAGCAGUCCUGACUGACCAGAGGUCAAAGUCAAUUUUGUGCCCAGAUCUUAAUGAGGUCCCGAGACUCUGGUUCACUUUGUUUCCUUUCGUAAAAUUGUACCAAGGGAUACGUAUCAAAAGAUUGGAUUUGAAAUUUUAAUCAGAUAUCUCACAACAAUAAUCUUACAUGUAAUUCUGGGAAGACCUGGUGUGACCAGCCAGUUUCUGUGAACCCGUGUGACGUCAUGACGACGCGCACCCAGCCUGGCGGAUGUGACGCCCACCUGCCCGCGGGCCGGGUUGACUCAAGUUCGGCCCGGAGGAUUCCAUCUCAAAUAAGCACAGGGUUGAUCGAUCAUGAAAUAUCUUGUUAUAGGCUUGAAAUGGCUCUUUGGAAAGACAAAGUCAGACGGCGGAGGGUUAGCGACUAAAGUUGUCGAGGGUAAGAGGCACAUGACAAUAUCCCGUGUCGGAGAGCUGACGGUAAGGACGAAUUUCUUCUGACCUGACCCCGAUCUUCGGUCAAUGGACUCACCCUGAAGUUAACCACAACAGAAGUAGUACAGAUGGAUAACGAUUUAAAUGACUUCCGUGGUCUUCCGUGUUUCCUGUAGCUGGCUAUUGUGGGUUUCUCGGGAACAGUUUACACUGAGACUCCAUGAGGCUAUAUAUAUAAUAACUGUGUCAUUGCCUUUUGGCAUUCGUAUAGCCUGCCAAGGCCACCCGCGGGUCUUUCGUAUCAAACACAAGUUGCCAACGGUGUGGAGUUAUCAUUCGACUAAGGCCACAGUUUAUACAUUGUGUUGUGUUGUCUCCACAUAACCUGGCUGUUCUAUUGAAGGUCAGGAUACACGAGGUCAGUUGAAGUGACGCUCGACUUGUCUCCCCUCCUGGCCGACUCUUGUCAUUUUCACGCGCUCGAUCCACUUCUUAUGUCUUCACACAACGACAGGGACCACAGGUGAGGAGAACAGUGCUGACGACACAACGGAAGCGUAGCUGACUUAACCUGUGAAACUCACUGUUCUGACAGACACAGACCGUCGUCCUUCUGUGACAGUACAGUUUAUCCUCUCAUCAUACCAUGGAGGCUGUGGUGAUGCCGACAGAUGUAGACAGCGUACCAGACCCAGAGACGAUCCCAUGUACGAGGCCGGACAGCAUGCGCAGACUGGUGUGUUUUAUCAACCCAGUCGUGUUCGUCGGUCUGUCCUUCAUUGUGGGAGGGAUGGUCAUGGCAGGACUGGGCCUCACCGACGCUCCCAUGUACUAUCCGCUUGCCUUUAUCGGCGUGUCUCUGGCCACCCUGGGGCUGUGUCUGGUGUGUCUGGGGGUGUGGGACCUGUGUAGCUGCUGUUGCCGGUCGGGCAGGAGCGACACCAGCGUGCCGCCUGGAGAACUGCACCCUGUCGGGGAUGUGUCACCAAUGCCAAGUCCGCCCCCUGCGUACUCAAGUCUUUUCACAUUCAGACCGUCUGUGACAAGUGUUACCGGAAACGUCCCGGAUAUGUGUGUCCCAAGUUCAUCUGCAAACCCAGACAAUGUCAUCCUACUUCCGGUGACGUAUAUCCGGUGCGAGGAUCGCCGGGGGUCCCAUCAUCUCACCUGUUCAUGCGCCAGCCCGACCCCCUCUAUGGACGACCGCCCUCCAAAAUAUGAGGACGCCUUCUGUGAUUGACAAUGACGCGUUAAACCCAUUCCGAAGGCCCGGUCGCAGUGGUUAUACGAUCUUUUUUGCCAUGUGGAUUUAGUGAUCAUUUAGUCAGAAUCUUUGAGGAUACUAUCUCGGUCACAAGACAGUUGAAUGUUGCCGACGCAUCGAUCCACGACUGUUCUAAUCCCAAGCGCUAGCUAUAGCGCCCUCCGUUUGCCUGUGCCAAGUCUGUCCUAUGACGAAUGUGACAGGGAUAGUGAGAGAUGCUGGACGCUAUUUCGAUCUAUUUCCGGUUGGUUUCUCAGAAAAAGUGUGAAGCUGGGAGAGGAAUUGUAAGGAAUUAUUGAUACGAAGAAGCAAUGUGGGAAUAUGUCUUCAUAAGUUAUAGUAAUAGCAUAAACAGCAAUCUUACAUUACGUUAGAUUACCUGAUACUCCCGGUGACUUUUAUGUUGCAUCCAUGUGAAUAACGUUACCGUUUCUGGCAAGGCGCCAGGUGAUCAAGACUUUUAAAAAAAAUCCAUUAUUUAUAUGAUGUCCUACAUGUCCAAUUAUUCCUACUACAUCAAUGUACAAAUGUAGUUUAUUUGUUGUCAAUGCGCCAUAUGUUCUAUACAAUUCACAACAUAUAAUGCUGCGUGAAGCAGAACAGUGUGCAUCUGGAAUGUAACUGUUUAAGAUAUAUUUUCCUUUACAAGCAAAGUAUGAAGAAUAUCUCAAUAAGGUACAGAAUAAUGAAAGUCUACGUACUACAUGUACAUUGUUGCAAAUUUUAUGUACA